AGAAUAAAUACUAACUUCAAUACAGAGAAACCAGGUUUUAAAAGACCCAAGUGGUUUAAUUUAAGCUUUCCAUCACGUGACAAGGAAUUUAAUAAAACAAGAGUUUAUCUUUGUGUUCACACGAACCUCAAAACCAAACCAGUGAGAAUUUACGCUAAAAGCAUAGGAAGAUAGUCCAUUUUAAUAAAAUCGUGUUAUUAAAUGAGCACGUUAUAAAUAAUCACACUUUCAGCAUUAAGCUUUACAUUUCUGAAUCAAUACUCCUAGUUUACGUAAAGAUAAACAACAGACGACGAUGACUAAGAUAUGAAAGUAGCAGCGUUAUUAAAUUAAUAUCGAUCUAUUGGAUAACCCAAAAGUAGCAAAAAAACACUGUAAAAAAUUAAAGUCAAACAAAAAAAUCUGUUGAAGUAUAACAAUUAGCAAGUUCGAUUUUUAUGGAUAGCAAAGUAUCCAAGACAAAUAUGGAUGCCUUAGAUUGCCUAGCAACAACUGCAGAAAAGUUACAUGAAAAAUCAAACGAUGCACACCUGAGUACAACAAGCAGUUUCUCGCAAGUUAGAAGCGCAUCUCACACUAUAUCAAUGCCACCAGCUCCGAUUAGUAAAUCAAGUUAUAUUUCAUCGUUUUUAAAUAAUACAAAUUUCAAUCCUAUGCACCUGCAGGGUGGCGUACCAAGAAGUAGCAGACAUGAAAUGUUUAUGCCUACCUCGCCUGCAUAUAGUAAACACUAUCGAAGUGAGCAUCUAGACAUGGUUCCAAGUUACCCGAUGCAAACAUCUUCAAUGAAAGAACUCGUUGCGUCCUGUAUAAAGUCGACUAGGUCUGGCUCUCCAGCAUCUUCAAAAUCUCCAUUCUACAUGCAGACAGAGCCACCUAAUUUGUCCCGAAUUAAUUCACCAUCGAGUGAUUUACUUCAGAAUUUAUCAUCUGAACCAAACAAGUCAGCCUUUGAUGUUGUUUCACCAAGAGGAAAUGAAAAUGUUGACUCAGAAAACCAGGAAAGAAACAUGCAAAGACAGUCAACUAUUACUUCUGGAAAUAGUAUUCCUGAGCAGCCACCAAUGUUGUUUCGUAUUAACCCAAUACCAAACAAGGCGAGCUCAUUGUUUGAAACACUCGUUCAAGAAAGUCAAAAAAUUUUGUCAACUCAGGAACAGGAGGAAAAGCGCAAGCAAAUGUCUGCCAUUAAGUUUCAUGAUGCGAAAACAUUUUUAUCCGAAGGCCUUGUUAAAGUAAAGGAAGAAGAUAAAAAGUCAAGAGAAAUAAUGCUUAUCUCGCCGCAGAAAAAACAAAUCCGAAAGCGAAAAAUGAAAAACUCUGUAAGUAGUAGUGUUGACUCUAAGAGAGCUCACGGUGGCCCACCUUUUAAUCCCAGUGCUUCUCCCCCCAAAGAAAACACCCCUGCUAGUGCUCUAUGUACACUACACGAACAUACACUGUUAAAAAUGGCUACCCGUGGUUUUUGGAGUGGCGAUAGAGGACCACUGCAAGAUGUCUUUCGACUAACAAGAGUUGAAAAUUCGGAUCUGCAGUACAACAUCAAAGAAAUAACGAGACAUUGUUAUAACGUAGUCAAGCAGAAACUCGAAGCUGUUGGAAAUGAGAUGGAUAUCAUGCAUCGUCACAUGAGAAGUUACGUUGACGAACUAGAUAGUUAUCUUGAGAGAAUUUAUCCAGUCUCUUCGGUUGCUAUAAACAUCUAUUUACCGACAGCUUCUGAUUACGUUGCUGCAACGUGGCAUGGAAUUGUGCCGACAGGUUGGUCGGAAUAUAGACGCGCUGUUGUAAUUCGAGAAGUAUUCGAAGUGCUGUAUUAUUUCAGUACAAAGCUUCAAAAAAUCCCACAAUUCGAUCCAAAGUUCUUCGAUAAAGAUGAACCCGACAAAACACUCUACCCGAUUUCCAUAAACAACGACGCUAACAACAACGACACUAACAAUAACGACAAUAAUGAAUCAGAGUCGUCUAAUACUAACUCACCAGCGGAGAAAAAUAUAGACACUGUGGGCUUCAACGUUAAGUAUUCAAGGGCUUUCGAAGCACUAUGGACUCGCACUGCACCUCAUGAACCAUUUCUAAUUCUAGAUGACUUAGUACAGUUAAAGUUGCGAGAAUACUUAGAAAAACACCCGGUCGAAAAAUAUGCACCUAGUGACAGCGCCAUUAUUGUUGUGGAUAACAAGAAGUACAAAGCGAAAGAAAUGCUCGGUUAUUUUCGUCGCGGUGUUCAGUUAGUCGAUUAUUCGAAAGAAACAGGGGGUAUGGUGGUUGAUACUAUAUCCACGAUUAAAAACGUUUCCAUAACCAGUGCAGUUCGAAAGAUACCCCCUGGGAAGAUAAGCAAACUCGUGCAUCCUGAUUUACACCUGGAAAACUACACGAACGCUAUUCUACAAGUGGGUUGCGUUGCUUCUGAUGUGUUACCCGCGAUGUCAGUAAACAGAAUACGAGGACGAAAGAGAAGAAUGAAACAGUAUGACGAAAAUAACAAAAAGGAAAGAAAAGUUAAGGAGGAGAAACACGUGAUCGUAAAACAAGAAGAAAGCGUGAUUGUAGAAAAGAGGAAACUUGAGAGCAUUGCGACUUUCUGCGAACCACUGGAACCAAAGCGAAACAUGCCGCAGGAAUUAUUAAACCAUGGUGAAAAGGAGACGGAAAGAAAUUUAAACUCUUCAGCUACUAUUGAACAAAAUGCAUUCAAUACGCAUUUUCAAUUGAUGCAACAAGACAAUAACAAAACCAGUCAUGACGAGGAACUUGAUAUGAAAACAGUUGAAUACAAACCAGCAAGUUUAAUGUCAGUUAAUCAGGACUUUCUCUUUAACCAAGAACAGCUGCUCAAUCAUAGGAUGUUCGCAUCAGAUCCGAUGCGGCCGAAACCAGAACUUCCAGCUUCAUAUUCUCCAGACAUACUAUCCUCCAUGCAUUUUUCGCCUGGUACAUCCGGUGAACUAUUCUCACUGCAUCUUAUGAUCGACAGUUAUCGGCGAGCAGCUAAAUAUCUCCUAGAUACGGCGAAUCACCUCGAGUUGGUAGCAAGGCGUGGUGGAAACGCCCCAAUGAAAAGAGACCAACCUAAUACUGACUGAUGGCGAGUCUGAUCAACAAAAUUAAACAGUGUGGCGAAAAUCACAUAUGACAAAGUCAAUAGAACAACGACAAAAUCUGUAACACCGACAAAUCCAAAUGGAACCAAAAAUAAGUCGUUAUGCCGACAAUUUUAUGUAACACCAGAGGUUGAAAGAUAACGAGCGUUAAGCGCAAGGUCGAAAUCAGAGGUAAUUUAUUUAAAGGAAGUUUCUUAAGGGGGGUUAAAUAAUAUUCUAAAAAUCGUUUUCUGACAUAUACUUAUUGGCUUUUUGAAAGUUCUGACUUGUUCCUUAUUUUACCUCGAUCCCUCAACUGUUUUGCUUGUACUUUGUAUCGCUUGUAUAGUUGUGUUUAUAUCCCGUGUUUUGAUGAUUUUUAAUUGAUUGAAUUUUCAAUGGCCUGUUUACACAUGGUGGAAUUGUCUUGCUGUUGAACUUGGAGCUUGAUUGCAAUCAUUGUAACACCUAAAUUACAUUUGUAAAAAAGGGAACAUAUCAGAACUAUUUUUAGAGUGAUUUGUGAUAGUUGUGAAUAUUUAGCGGAAUAUUUGUUUUGUAUGGAUUAUCGAAACAAAGACGUUUGAUUGGUUAAUGUUUAAUUCGAAUUUGUUUUAUUCCUUCAAAUUGUCUGCUGGGACAGACUUCUGUUAGUUUCCGAGACAGUUGUUAUGUUAAUAAACGAAUCUGAUUGGCUGUGCUAAUCGUCACAUAUGUACUAAUUGUCGCAGUCAACAUUCGAGAGCUAAUCUCUUUUGUGGAGAUGGUGUUCUCCUCCGCACGUCUUUAAAACUAGUGUUUAUUCUUUCUUCGUGGAUCGUGUAUAUAUUUCAAAUAAAUAUAUAGUUUUCUGAUAUAUCUAUUUUUGAGAGAGUUUUAUUUUUGUUCUAUUGUAUAUAUGCUUUGAUUUGAAGAGUAUCUGUAAAUUA